AUGGGGGAGUCAAAGGUUUUCAGCGGCUACGCGUGCAGUUGCAGAGGAGAGUGUGAGGGAGGGCUCUCGAAUAUUCUUGAUUGGAUGGCUGCAGUAUCAACAGCUGCUGUUGUAGGAUGGGUUGUUUCACCCAUUCUUAGAAGAAUGCUUUCUCUGGUGCAGUCCUAUAUAUCAAGUCAGUACAGUUGGAAUUCUAAUCUGGUGUCCGACCUUAAGAAUUUGCAGGCUACAUUAACAGAGAUACUCCUGGUAGUUGAUGCAGCUGAAAGGCAACAUGUAAAGGACAGCAAUCAGGUAGAAUUGUUGCGUCAAAUGAAAGAAGCAAUUUGUGAGGCAGAAGAUAUGUUAGACAAAUUUGACUACAAACUUAUAAGAGAAAAAGUUGAGCACCAAGGCGUGGCUAGGAGCAUAAUUUCAUCUUCACUUUCUCUUGGUAAGCGUUUAAUUGGUCUUGACAAGUUGAGAUCAGAAUUGCAUAUGGUUAUCAAAAGCAUGGCCAGAGUUAAAGCUUGUGCAGAAAUGUUUGCGAGAGUAAUGGCAGCUGAGAACACGAACACUAUUGAGCCUGCUGAUUGUGUCCGAACUAGAGCCACUGGAUCUUUUUCACAUGGAGCCAUUGUUGGACGAAAGGAGGAGGUUAAUGAACUACUUUGUUGGAUGCUGAAUCAGAAAAAUAUAACUUCCUCAAAUAAUAAAGGAUCAUUUAAUACAGAGGUGUAUUCUAUUGUUGGCGAUGGUGGCAUCGGCAAGACUACAAUAGCUCAACUCAUAUACAACGAUAAGAGAAUAGUAGACAAUUUUGAUAUAAGGAUGUGGGUUUUUGUUUCACAUAAGUUUGACAAGAUUAAUCUAAUUAAGGAGAUAAUUGCAUACACAGCUGGUGGUAAGAACAUCGAAUUGACAAAUUUCAAUUUCAGUAUGCUCCAAGAAGAACUUCAAAGGAGAAUUUCUGACAAGAAAUUUCUUUUAGUGUUGGAUGAUGUGUGGUAUGAUGAGAAUUUUGGGGAACAUACUAACCGAGGGAGGUGGAGGGAAUUGAUAGCUCCCAUGGAAAAUGCACUAACAGGAAGUAAGAUACUAGUAACAACCCGGAUGGAACUAGUAGCAAAAAUGCUGGACUCGAGAAGAUCAUUCUUCUUACAUGGCCUUGGACAGGAUGCUAGCUGGUCUCUGUUCAGAGAUUGCCAAGACUUCAGUGCAAUUUCUUCAACAGUAGAGAGCAUUGGAAUGCAAAUUGUUCAGAAACUUAAUGGUUCGCCUCUAGCUAUAAAGGUUGUGGGAAGGCAUUUAAACAGAAAGAAAAAAGUGGCAGAAUGGAAUGAAGUUCUUCACAGCAAUAAUAUCCUCAAUCCAAACGACAUGUUAAAGAUAUUGCGAUUAAGCUAUGAAGGUUUACCAGUACACCUCAAGCAUUGCUUUGCAUAUUGUGGUUUAUUUCCCAAAGGUUACCAUAUUGAUCCAGAAAAAUUGAUACAUAUGUGGAUAGCUCAGGGUUUUGUGGACACCGAAGGAAGCACAAAUAAGUCUUUGCAAGAUUCUGGAAGAAGCUACUUUGAUGAUUUGCUAGCUAGAUCAUUUUUUGAAAUGCUUAGACGUGGCAGCCAAACAUUCUAUGUUAUGCAUGAUAUAAUGAAUGACCUGGCACUUCAUGUUUCUCAGGGUGAAUGCCUUAGGGCCGAGUGUGAGUCUAUGGAGGCUAUGCCGCUUUAUACUCGGCAUUUGUCCAUUUCUAGUGAAAACUUGGAAAAUCUUGUGAAUUAUGAUUUGGGAAUGUUACGUUCAUUGAUAGUUUUGAGAAAAUCUUGGUUUUGCUCCAAAGUCUCUCUGAACCAUGCUAUACUUGGAAAGCUCAAGAGUGUCAGGGUGCUGGACAUAAGUGGUUGUUGUUUAGAAAGAUUACCUGAUGCUGUCAAUCGCCUGAUUCACCUACGGUAUCUAGGAAUACAACGGACUUAUCAUCCACUACCAAGAAAGAUGUUUAUGUAUCAUUUGCAGGCAUUGUUUGUGCAGUAUCACUCAUGUUAUUCCCCAACGGAUUACCACAAUUCUUCAAUGCAAAAUGCAAAGACAGUUGGAGGCUGUUUCCAUCUUCCAGAAAGCAUCACUAAACUUAUUAAUUUGGUCCAUGUUGAUGUAGAGAAGGCAUAUGUCCUUAUGUUAUCCAGCACUCACAAACUUCCAUAUGUUGAGUGUGCUGGAGAAUUCUGCGUUGACGAGGAGGGAAGUUUGCUAGGCCUGAAGGACCUCAACAAGCUCCGAGGACAACUCACCAUUAUGUCUCUAGAAAAAGUGAGAAACAAAGUGGAAGCUUCAAAGGCCCAUCUACACCUUAAGGAGCACAUAACCAAGUUGGAACUACAAUGGGAAUCAAGCAGGGCUAAGUGUGCUAAUUCUACCAAGCAGGGCUUUGAGGUGCUUGAUGUCCUAAAACCACAGCCUGAUCUUGAGGAGCUAACUAUAAGUGGAUAUCCUGGUGCUAGAUCUCCUUCUUGGUUGGAGUCUGGUUGGCUGAGCAGGGUGCAAUUUGUUUGCCUACGUGAUUGUAACAGAUGGGAGGUACUUCCUCCUUUAGGGGACCUGUUAUUACUGAAAACUCUCGAAAUACGGCGAAUGCAAGGGCUUAAGACACUUGGUCAGGAGUUCUUUGGCUGUGCCGGAUUUCCCUCUUUGGAGAGAUUUCUACUGGAGCGCUUACCGAAUUUGGAAUGGUGUCUUGUAGAUAACUAUCAACUGUUUCGCAAUCUCCAACAUCUUUCUGUUGCCGGAUGCCCGAAGUUAAGAGAAUACCCCACAUAUCCCCGUACACUUGAACAUAUAGCUAUACUGGACGAGGAGCGAAUCCAAAUUAAGAGCUAUAUUCCUAGUGCUACAAUACACAGAUUUUUUUGUAUAUUGGUAUCAAGCUUCUUUCAUGUCUUGCAUGCUCAUCACCUAGAGUUUGUUGAGGAUAUGGAGAUCUAUGUUAACCAUGAAGUAUGCAUGUCCAGAACAGUGUUUGACAAUUUGAAAUCUCUCAAGAAGUUGAAAAUAUAUGGUAUACAUCGGGCCAAUACUUGCUCCGUAAUUGCUACAUUGUGGGAUCAGAAUGGGUUGACUGUGUUUCCUUCAUCACUUAGGAGCCUUCAGUUACUGCACUGCUACCUGCAGCCAUCCUUUUUGUCCAAGCAGUUGAAUAAUCUCUCAUCACUUGAUACUCUGUGCCUGAUGGACUGUGACACGGUUGAGAUGCCCUGUCCACCGGUAAGCCUGCACCACCUUAGAAUGCUGAAACAAUUGAACAUUUAUAAAUGUGAUUGGAUCACAUCUUUCGAGGGUUCAGAAGCAUUGGUUUCCCUGGAAGAAAUGAAGGUGGAACAAUGUUACGACUUGGGAUAUGUACCAGUUGUAAACAACAUGCCAUCUAUUCAGAAAUUGCAUUUGAUACGUUGCCCUCAAGUGAUGUAUUUGUCGAAUGCUGGCUACCAUACAGCAUUGAAGGAACUGGUAAUAGAAUCUUGCGAUGGACUAUCAUCACUCAAGGGGUUGCGUGGCCUUGUCUCCCUUACUAAGUUGAAGGUUACAAGCUGCUCUGACUUGGUGUUGCUGCCUGAUAUGGAUGCGUAUUAUUCACUUGGGCUUCUGAUCAUUAAGCGUUGCCCUCUGCUGAGGUCACUUCCAAAGACUGGUCUUCCUGUGUCGCUUAAAGCUUUCUUCUUGAUUAAAUGCCAUCCGGCACUGGAGGAGCAGUUUCAGCAGAAGGAAGGUGCUGACUGGAACAAGGUUGCCGCGCUUCCAGGAUGCAUGAGAUAUACCGGCAAAUCUUCUGUACAAUGGCCCAGGGAAUGGGAAAUAUGGAAAGAAUUUUGAAGAUCCAACCAAUCCGAACUGGUGGUUUAGUAGAUUCAGGUUUUGGAGGUUGACUUUCUGCUAUUGUUUCCAUCUCAACGGUCCAUGUUAUUUGGAAGCCUAGCCCAUUAAAGUAGACAUUGCUUGUCUCAUUGAUUUCUUUAGGGUUUUUGCACGCCACUUUCACUCUCACUGGGCCUCUCCUCUGGAGGCUCCUUCUAUCCACCUCUUCAGGGUCACCAAUAAGACUAGCAAGGGCCGUCUCUGGAAAACUGAAGCCAACGAAGUGUUGUCUUGCCUAGGGCCGUCGGAUGCCAAUUGAAUGUGGAUGCGAGCGCUAGCAAGGGCUGCCUCUGGAAGACUGAAGCCAACGAAGUGUUGUCUUUCCUCUGGAAGACUGAAGCUAAUGAAGGGCUUAUGGUGAAGCCAAACUGGCUUACGGUUGUUGUUCAGAGAAAGGAGAAAAACCGUGAGGAGCUAGCCAUUCUGCAGUCCUAAUUACAUGCUAGUUUCAUACACCAGACAUCCACAACGCGCCUGUCCGCGCACUUCCACCGCGCUCUCCACAGGCGUGCAUCUUCUUUACAUGCCAUCAACAGAUGACUUAUUGAAAGUGGCAGGCUCUGGAAAACAACACCGCUUCUGUGUUUCUAGAGGUGCCAGGCUGCCAGCAGCAUAGUAGGAUGAAGCUUUCAAGGUGCAGGCUAGGCAUUGUUGUCGGACAAGGAACAACCCAGAGCUUUGCAAC